CAUAGGUAUGUACCUAGGUACCUAUCAUUAUGAUAGGUAUCGCGAUAAAAUUUAGUUGAUUCAUCUAUAAAACACAAAUUCAAAUUCAUCCAAAUAUUCAAACCGUCGCGGACGGCAAACUCAAUGGCGCGUAAUUACUCCGCAUAAUCCUGGCACACGCCGAUAGGCGCAAUCGCACGAUGAGAAUUGGUCUUGGGGUACAUUCAUUUCUUAAGCCGCCGUAAAUUAUAUACCAGGUACAAUACAUACCUCUACAAUGGCAGCGCGCCUGAAAGCCGUCGGUGGAUUCGUCCCACGCACCGUCUUCGAGGUCUCGCCCUCCAUCACGCGCUCGUAUUUCCUGGGCCACCACGCCGGCGCGCUCACCUCCAUGCGCAAGGUGCUCUCCAACAUCAACCUGAUCCUCGAGUGUCGCGACAGCCGCGUGCCCCUCACCUCUGCGAAUCCGCUCCUCGAGUCUGCGCUCGCCGGCCGCAGCCGCAUCGUCGUGUACACGAAAGCGGACCUGUGCGCGCCUGCCUCCGCGAACCGCUGGAUCGACAAGCAGAAAGAAUUGCUGACGAAGUUCCACUCCGGCUCGCUUGGGAUCGUCGCGGAAGAAGAAGAAAGAGAGGAGGGCGGAUAUGGGGGCACCGAGGUACUGUUCACGGACGCGGGCAGCCCGCGGUCGAUUAAAAAGUUGAUAGACGCGGUUAGAGAACGCGCCGUGGCGUCGGAGUCCCUAACGGGGUUGCGCGCGCUCGUCGUCGGCAUGCCGAACGCAGGCAAGUCGUCGCUCCUCAACGCGUUACGCGCAGAGGGCAUGCAGCUCCCGAAAGCGGCGCGAACAGGCGCGCAACCCGGCAUCACGCGCAAGCUCGGCACAGCCGUCCGCAUCAUGGCCGAGGACACCGCCGCCGGGCUAGAAGGCGGCGUCUUCGUGCUCGACACCCCGGGUGUCUUCGUCCCCUACGUCACCGACGUCGAGGCCAUGCUCAAGCUAUCGCUAGUCGGCUGCGUCAAGGACGGGCUAGUUCCCGCCGAGACCGUCGCCGAUUACCUGUUGUUCCGGCUGAACCUGCGGGACCCGGAAAUGUACGGCGAGCUCAGCGCCCCGACGAACGAUAUUCGCGAGUUUCUUGAUAACGUCGCCGUGCGCACGGGUAAGCUGCUGAAGGGCGGCGUGCCGAGCCAGGAGCAGGCUGCCGAUUGGAUCGUACAGCAGUGGCGCAAGGGCAAUCUCGGCCGCUUUGGGCUCGAUGAUGUUAGCGAGGAGAGCUUGGCUGCUUUGAGGGCGAAGGCGUUGGCUGGUGGUGAGCAGCAUUUGAGCAUGAACCAGGCUAGGAAGAGGGAAAAGGAGGCGCGGAAGGCGAGGAAUGCUGCCAAGAGGCAAGGUAUGGAGGCAAGUUAACGAAUCGGAUGAGACACGAACUAUAUAUACCUAUAUAGAUUUAAAGGCAAAUUAUAGAACACGUGUAUUAAUCGAAGACAUACGGAACCUAGGCAUCUACGCCAGUGUAUUGGUAAAUACGUAUCGUCAUUGUACAUAAUGUACC